UGAUGUGGUCUGUUGGGAGACUAUAAAAAGGCAAUCAGGAAGAACCUGUCAGCAUCUGUCCAGCUCUGUCAGGAACACUGGGAGAGGAAUCCCUCUCUGCUGUGAAUUGACAGGUUUCUGGUUUAUACACAGCUGCUUGUGUGAGUUGGUCCUCAGGCUUAAGAGACUCUGUCCUCAGGAAAGCCUGGCUGUGAGGCCUGCGGGGUUGAAACCUCCACUGAGUGCUGCUUCCUGGGAAGACAUCUCUUCCAGAUCCGCAGCUUCCAGAAGUGCGUUAGGACUCUCACCUGGACAGAAGCUGGGAGGGCAGCUGACAAAUCUGAAGCCGCUGUGCUCCACCCUUAUGUGGACAAGGAGACCACCUGCAGAGGAAGAAAUCAACAGAAACCAAAAGGAUGGCUAUGUGCUGAGCCUCAACCGAGUGCAUGAUGCUUGGGAGUACCCUCAGGCUGACCAGGGAUCUCUGUUCUACCUCACACUGGAUGUGUUAGAGACUGGCUGUCAUGUGCUCAGCAAGAAGGCAUGGAAGGAUUGUAGAGAGAGGACUUUUUAUCAGUCGGUUUAUGGUCAAUGCAAAGCAAUAUUUCACAUUAACAAGCCAAGAAGAGUUCUCUAUCUACCUGCUUAUAACUGCACUCUUCGCCCAGUUACUCGAAGAAAGAUUCUGUUCAUGUGCCCUGAUUGUCCAGUACCUGUGCGCAUGGACCCAUCAAACCUUAAAGUUUUGGAAGCUGCCACAGAGUCUCUUGCAAAAUACAACAAUGAGAGCCCCUCAAAACAGUACUCACUUGUCAAAGUCACGAAGGCUUCAAGCCAGUGGGUGGUUGGCCCUGCUUACUUUGUGGAAUACUUAGUCAAAGAGUCACCAUGUAGCAAAUCUCAGACUACUUGUUCACCUCAGCCCUCUGACUCUGAGCCUGUUGGUCUUUGCCAAGGUUCUCUGACCAAAACACCUGAUAAAACUUUUGUCUCUGUGACUUGUGACUUCUUUGAACCCCAGAAUCAAGUCCCAGGAGGUAAGACCUCGGCUGUUGACCAGACAUCAGUGAAACUGCCCAAGGUGGGUGAGGCGCCUGAGGAAAACACAGCCCCCGCCAGCCCCCACUACAAACCUUCACCAAGUGGAUCCGUGCAGCACCUCCCUGACUUGGAUGAUGAGAUGUCUGAAGACUCCCAGGCACAGAAUCUUCCGGAAGCCUUCCCCGUGCGGCUGGAUCUAACUACGAAUCCCUGGGGAGAAGACCUGGAUCUCUCCUUCCUUUACAUAGGGCCUGAUGAAGGGAAGCUGACUGUGCUGCCUUUCCCUAGAAAAAGCCAGCAUGAUAGGUGCCCAGGGCCUGCAAAGGAUACCCGCCCUCUGGUCCUCCCUCCCUGAGAAUUUCAGACAGGGCUCCACAGGGUGUGGUGAGGUGGGCGGUGGGAAUGGGAGGAGACAGAGGGUCCCACGUAGAGAACGGAUAAUAAAGUGUGUUCCUUUCACUC